CUGCAUGAACUAAGAAUUCACUCGCCUUUUGAUUAUCCACCAAUCAGUCAUGUCUUUGAUAAACUUAUCUGGGUUGAAGUGGGGGCUGGUGCUGAGCGCUCUCCUUAUUUUUGCCAUAAUCUUUGAGCUAGAUGCACAAGAACAGAGGACCACACCAGGGAGGACACCCAAGCCAAGUAAAGCCAAACUUGGCAGAUCAACACAAAAAGGACCAAGAGCAGCGACAGCCAAACCAAAGAUAAAAACUACACCAGCUCAGGCACAAAGCCUCCUCACACAGGUGCUUAACAGAAGCAAGUUUAAAAAGGUGGGUGAGACCAUAAGCGUGCAGACAGGAGACACUUUGGAGCUGAGGUGCAGGAGCAAACCUGCUCAGUGGAGUGUCCCUCCUUACCUGGAGGAGGAUGACGAUGGGAGGCUCAAGAUUGUUCAACAUGAGCGUUAUAGUGCUCUGACCUUAGUCAACACUACCGGUGCAGACACGGGGGAGUACACCUGUUACCCAAUGUACUGUGAAGACACAGACUGCAGGAAGGAGUACAACAAAGCUGUCAAAGUGUUUGUCUUCUUUCCGGACCCACAAGAACUAUUUGUUCCAUCAUCUGACUAUUAUGAGGUAAUUCAGCUGAGAACCAAUUGGCCCACAGUCCUUCCCUGCCAGGUGACAUCACCUGAGGCCAAAGUGACUCUGCACCGUGAGUACCCACCUGUGGAGGUGGCUGUGGAUGGGACUGAGAUCUCAUUUAAUGUCAAGAAAGGCUUCACCAUUCAUCGACCCCGGCCUUACCACGCUGGAGCCUUGUACUGCAUAGCCAUUCUGGGCAACCUGAGGCAGAGCUCCACCACGUACAUGCUCAUCUAUGUUAACUAUCCAGUGGCUCCUCCUGCUCCAGUGAUCCAUGCAUCAUCAAGCUCAGUGACUGUGGGGGAAAACCUACGUGUCAGCUGCACUGUGAUGGGAGAACAAGAUGUGGUCAUAGAGUUCAACUGGGAUUACCCAGGACAGCAGAUUGGGAGGCCUCUGUACACACAGGAGAGCAUCAGUCCAGUCAGUGGAGGAUCAGCACGACAGCAGUUUCAGUCUGUUUUCCUGGUGGACGAAGUCAGAGACGUGGACAGCGGAACAUACACCUGCACCGCUCAGAACCUCCAAGGAGCCAAAUCUGUGUCUACUAUUGUUAAAGUGGUUCCUAAAGUCAAAGCUAAGAAACCAUGAGUGAGACAAAUCUCUGACAGAAGCAGAGAAAGAAGUUCAUGUCCAACAUUUUUCUAUCAGAGGACAAUAGUAUUUAUAUCAGUAAAAUAUGAAAACAUAAUCAUAGUAAAGCAUAUUUUUUUGUGUAGAGUGCUGAAAUCCCACUUCAGCGUAGCCAUGAUUAGUUUGUAUCAACUGUUCAAGCUUGUACAUUAAAUGUUUUGUUUACACACUACUGCCUGUUUUCUGUACUUUUUUGUGCAUA